UGGCUUUUUAUCACAGCUGCCUGCCCUUGAAUUUUUAAAGCCAUGGCCUCAAACGUUGCAGGUGCAGGAAAACAGCUCAGAAUAAUCUUUGUCGGUGACUCUGGUGUUGGGAAGACAUCAAUAUUCAAAUUAUUUGAAAAUCAUGAAGUCUUCAAGUCUCCUGUAGUCACAAUUGAUCCUCAGACAAUAGAAAGAAACAUUGUUAUUGGACCACCACAUGAGACUGUAAAGCUCUUGAUUUAUGACACAGCUGGUCAGGAAAGGUUUAGGACCUUCACAAGACAGUACUGCAGAAAAGCAGACAUUGCUUUCCUUGUUUUCAGCAUCACUGAUGGUCCUUCAUUCCACCACAUUGGAGAGAUAUGGAUGAAAGAGAUGGCUGCUAACAGAGAGGGUAAUACCGAGAUGAUUCUGAUCGGUAACAAGUCUGAUCUGAUUGAUGACAGGAUUAACCCUCUAUCAACUAGCAAGCAAUUUGCUGACCAAUAUCAGAUGAGGUUCAUUGAAAUGUCUGCCAUUAAAAAUGAUGAUUUUCAAAAGUUGUACGACAUGCUUAAGGAAGCUGUGACCCAUGUAAUAAAAAAAGGAGGAGGAGGAACCAAAGAAGACAUUGUGAUUAUUAACGAUGAUGAGCCAGCUCCACGAGAUGAUGGAGUGUGUUCAAAAUGCAGAAAUUAAGUGACAUGCAAACUUUAUUAGGCCAUGAGUAAAGUGAUACUUUUACUUUUUGAUAACAAUACUUUACACAGUGAACUU